ACAAGCAAAGGAGAGUCGUAGUAAGAGGGAAAAGAAAAAGAAGGAGGGAAGUACGGAGAGACAGGGCUGUAGAAAAGAAGGAGGUGCCUGGGGUGGGACAGGCAGAGUGCAGAUAUGAGACACCGAGAUAGCAGAAGAAAGGGGGAGUGACAUUGAAACAAGUGGAGAAGGGUCGGAGAUACAGUGAUUGAUACGGAGUGAAGCAGGUUGGUCCCGAGACCUGGAACUUGUCAGCACCAGGGACAGAGACCCCAUCACCGCCACACACAGGUCUCAGUCCCACACCGGCCAAGCCUGUGUCAGACCGUCUCACAGUGCAUCGUUCUCGGCCCUGCAGAAUGGUGAUGUUGGUUCCCCUCUUACUUAUUGGUUUGUGCCGUUCGAGCUCGGGGUUUAAUGUGGACACUCAGUUCCCGGUGCUGAAGGAAGCCGGGGUGCCCGGAGGUCUCUUUGGCUUCUCGGUGUCUCUUCACCAGCAACUUGAGGGAGAGAAGCGAUACCUCUUGCUUUCUGGUGCUCCUCAGGACGUGGCGCCUCCCGGUGUAAAUGCUAACAGGACAGGGGCACUCUAUGCCUGUCCCAUAACUACCUCUACUUCAGACUGUUUUAGAGUUCCUAUUGAUCAAAAAAGUGACCCUAAAAGUAACAUACUUGAGAAUAUGUGGAUGGGAGUUACAGUGCAGUCACAGGGACCUGGAGAAAGAGUUCUGGUUUGUGCGCACAGGUACACUGCAGUUCAGUGGUCAGGUAAUGAGGACCAACGUAGGAUGAUUGGGAAAUGCUAUGUACGGGGGAAUGACCUGGACUUCAAUGACAGUGACGACUGGCAGACGUACCACAAUGAGCAAUGCAACUCUAAUACUGACCACGAGGGCACAGGCAUGUGCCAGCUUGGUAUGAGUGGAGGUUUUACCAAGAAUAUGCUUUACUUUGGGGCACCAGGAGCAUAUGAUUGGCAAGGUACAAACUAUGUUUUACAGAGACAAUCAAACUGGGACUUGACUGAAAUCUCUUACGCUAAUGUAAAGGAGCGCAACAUAUAUAUAGGAUACACAAUGCAGAUUGGCACUGGCAUCCUUCAGAAGGACCAGGAAACUGUGGUAUCAGGGGCACCUCGAUGGGAGCAUAAAGGUGCUGUGUACCUGCUGGAGCUGCAAGGGAACAGCAUGGCGCUCAGACAGGUCAUCAGUGGGAAGCAGGUUGGAUCCUACUUUGGCUGCUCCAUUGCUCUUGCUGACCUGAACAAUGAUGGGUGGCAGGACAUCAUAGUUGGUGCCCCGUAUUACUUUGAUCGUAAGGAGGAGGUGGGAGGUGCUGUGUACGUAUUCACUAAUGAGGCAGGACAUUUCAGCAACGAGUCAUCACUAAUUCUGCGUGGCCCUAGUAGGUCAGGCUUUGGUUUUGCACUGGCAAAUAUUGGAGACAUCAACCAAGAUGGAUUUACAGACCUGGCAGUAGGAGCUCCUUUUGAAGGACCUGGUAAAGUUUACAUCUAUCACAGUAAUGCUCAGGGUUUACAACCUGAACCACGACAGGUUAUUAAUGGCUCUCAGGUGGGCAGCAUCUCUACGUUUGGGUAUUCUCUCAGCGGAGGCUUGGAUGUAGAUGACAAUUCAUACCCAGACCUGCUUGUGGGCAGUCUAAAUGACCGUAUUGCCUUGUUGAGGUCUCGUCCUGUGAUCAACAUCUCCAAGACUUUCUCUGUGUCUCCUUCUCUUGUGGAUCCCAGCAAAUGUAACAAAACCUCUUGUAUGGAGGUCAAACUUUGCUUUUCCUACACACUGAGCACUGGAAACCCAAACUACAAGAAAAACAUCACUCUGCAAUAUACACUGGAAGGUGAUAAAGACAGACGACCAGUCCGAGUGCACUUCUUCAACUCUUCUGGAUCUGUUUACAAGGGCUUCUUCUCAAUGCCGGACACCACAUGUCAGACUAUGCAGCUGCUUUUAUUGGAAAAUAUCAGGGAUAAGCUGCACCCGAUCCGUCUGUACCUGAACUAUAGCAUCUUGGAGAGAGAUGCAAAGGGACGAGGAUCCGUUCGCUCACUGGAUAAUUACCCUGUGCUGAGCCAGUAUCAAAACAACUACCAGGAACUGGAGAUUCACUUUCAAAAGGAGUGUGGCUUAGACAAUGUCUGCAGGAGCAAUCUAAAAAUGCAGUAUGAGUAUACAUGGGACAAUCAAGAGCCCCUUCCAAGAGUAGAUAAUCUACAAGUUCUGCAAUACAACCGUGAUGUUAAUAAGCUUCACCUGAGGAUCACAGUGACAAACUCACAAGGAGAUGAUGCCCAUGAGGCUCGCUUGAACAUCACAGUUCCCCCUGAGUUGGUCAUCUCAGCAACGCGUCCUCCUGGGGUCUGUACUUUGGAAGAACCAAUUCUGUGUGAUUUGGGCAACCCGUUUAAGAAGAAUCAGAAGGCUGAGAUUGUGAUACUUUUCGAAAUAUCGGGAAUCUCAUUGUGGACAAGAGAGGUGAAAACAGGACUACAGCUAAGCACGCUCAGUUUUCAAACAGACCUUGAUCAGCAAUCAGCUGUUCUCUUAGUUGAUUACACUGUCCAGACUGACUUCAGUGUGGCACCCAAAGAGUUUCAGACCUACUUCAGUGGUGAGGUGAUGGGAGAGUCUGCCAUGAAGACAGUCCAGGACAUGGGAAGUCCUGUGCAGUUUACGUUUUUGGUACAGAAUCAAGGGGAGCCCCUGAAAUCUGCAGGAAAGCUGGUCUUUGUAGUGGAUUGGCCAUAUGAAGUGACCAAUGGGAAGUGGCUGAUUUAUCCCACAGAGGUUAAAGUGAAAACAGAUAAAGAGAGGUCAUGUGAGCCCCCUGGUGAUAUCAUAGACCCUUUAAACAUCACACUGAUUAAUGCAAGGCGAAAGAAGAGAGAAAUUGAAAAUCUCCAAUUCCCUCAAGAUGUGCAGAGUUUGGCAUCCACCAAAAGAGAUCAUUCAGAAGUUACGCUAACUUGUGGUGGAGGAGCAAAUUGUUUGCGGUUUUCCUGUACUCUGGAUGACGUUGAGAAAUCUGCUACUGUCAUAGUGCGAGGACGAGUUUGGAACAGCACAUUCCUCGAGGAUUACAGACAUUUGGACAGAGUGACAGUGAAAGCGGCAGCUGAACUUUACCUGCAGACAGACAUUCCCUCUGUAAACAUGAAAAACCAUUCUGUACAGUUCUCUGUUGUUAUAGACUCUGAGCUGGAAGAACCCCCUCCUGUAGAACUUCCACUAAAGGUCAUCAUUAUCUCAGUGAUUUCUGGAAUUUUGCUUCUGGGAGUUAUUAUUGUGCUUAUGUGGAAGUGUGGAUUCUUCAAGAGAGCCAGUACUCGUGCCAUGUACGAAGUAAGAGGUCAGAAAGCCGAGAUGAAGGUGCAGCCAUCGGAGACUGAACGUUUAACCAAGGAGAACUGAGAGUGAUCUCUGACCUUUGAUCCCAAGCCCCUUCCCUUUGGUUGGAUUCUUCCACAGAGUCGGAUAUUCCCGUUUGGUUCAGACUCACUAUGCUGUGUGUCUCCGCCAGGAAGAAAGGCAGGGGCUGUGCACCACACCCCCCCACAACCAGAGGCAUUGGGUUACCAGUUGGAAAGAAGCAACCAGAUAUUAUUGAGGGGGAGGGACAUAAAAAAAAUGUAAUAUUUUGGGGGGUUUGGAAUACGUCUUCCCAAAAAGUGGGAUGGGAAGGAGCAGAGUAUCUUGAAAUACUGAUUGGGAAAAUUCUAAAUUAUUCUCGGGGAAAAUAUAUUCAUAACAACAAUGGGGAGGGGAACAAUAGGCACACUAGGCAACACAUUUCCUAAACCAGUAAAUUUAGGGAUAAAUUAGGUGACAAAUGACAUAAGGAGUUGCAGGGUAUCCUGCAACAAUGGGACAGAGAUAUUUUAUUACCAUGUGAUAUUGAAAUACAGGGGUGCAUCACCUUAUGACACUGGAAUAUAGGGAACACAUUAUCCUGUGACCCUGUUAAAGAUGUGACACGAGUAGAGGAGACUAAUUAUUUAAUGACACAAAGUCAGGGAUAAUAUUCUGUAAUUUUGUAACAGAGGAUAUACAUUGUUCUGUAACUCUGAAAUAAAGGGAACACAUUGUCCUGUGACACUGGAACAGAGGGACGUAUUGUUCUGUAACUGGAAUUUAGGGACAUAGUGUUCUGUACACUGUAACAGAGGGACACUUUGUUCUCUGCACUGGAAUAAAAUGACACAUUGUUCUGUAACACUGGAAUAUAGGGUAUGUUUUAUCCUGAGACACUGGAAUUGAGCAAAACACAAAACAAAAAAAUAUUUUGUGACACUUGAAUAAAGGGAUGGAAUAUGCUAUAACACUGUAGUAGAGGGAACAUAUGUGAUGCUGGAAUUAGGAUGUCAUUGUGCCUUGUGUAUAUUAUGAUAAACUCCAUAUAUAGAUGUAUAAAUAUAUAGCUAUAUUUUGACACUUCUAUUUCAAAAUGUAUGGCUAUUUUGCGUUAUGUGUUGCUGUAAAUAAACCAAAGUACUGUAGUAAAUACUUUUUUUGUAAACAAA